GACAUGACAGGUCACCAGCCAAGGCCUCAGAUGCAGUGGUCAAACACUCACCGCCUGAGAUCUCAGUCCCAGAACCCAGAGUCCAGUCAGCCAUACAUCCAGCCAAAGCCUCAGACGCAGUGGUCAAGCAGCCACCAGUCAAGGUCUCAACCCCAGUUUCUAAAGCCUGAUUCCCACCAUUUCAGGCCUCAGUCCCAGAGGUUCGCUAGUCAACAUCAUCCUCAAGCCCAAAGGGCCUUCUACCAGCAGACUCCUCAUCCUCAGAGGACCUUCUACCAUGAAAAACCAGAGUUUCAGGGGCCAGGCUACCAGCAGAACGCUGAGCUUCUUGUUCCCCUUCACCAGCAGCAGGACUACAGCUACAUGGCAAAUGAUCAACCACGUAGGUCAAGCAUGCAGCACUGGUUUGAACCCCGUUCCAAGUUUGAUGUGCCUAAAGUGCAAGAGCAGAGCUACCAACAGAAUCCCGGGCUCGGAGCACAGAGCUACUACUCCAGCGAUGAGUCUCGCUCUGGUGUUUCUGCACAAACUCAAGCAAAAUGACCCAACUUCAACUAGAGAGUUGGGUCCAUUGGAACCGCCGAAGCAGAAGAUCUGGUGACAAAAGGAGGUUCUUGUCUGUUUUCCGUUUGCCCCGUGAGGGACUAGCACCCCACCCAGGUGUACCCUGCCUCUCAACCAGUGACUGGAGGUAGGAACCAGCCUCCAGUGACUGCAGAAGGUGUUUCUAGAACGAUGAAAUUUGGCCUUUUCAGCUCUAGAAUUUGAAAAUUAGACCAAACUUUCCAAAUUAAAUAACUUUGGAUGUUAAUAAAAAUGGCACCUAGACCACA